UAAACAUAAGUUCGUAGCAGUCUCGAAUUGCAUCACAGCAUUGUCGAAACCUACCAUCGAGAGAGAAAGAGAGAGAGGGGAAGGGAAAUGAUUAGUUUCAACGUUGACCUAACCUCUACCGGGCAGUAAAUGGACACAAUGGACGGCAAGUAUUUUAUUAUGAUUUUGAAAUUGAUAUCGUUUUUGUCAAUCUUGUAUAAUCGCUACGACGUAGCUAUUACAACGGUUGGCAGCGCUGCAGCUGGAUAACGUGUAGCGGUGGGAGCGAAGAGAACGAGACGUUGCAAACGUGGGGGAACCAUAAAAUUACACAGCCGACGAGCCGGAUUCCGCAGUAUACGCGCGAGUGCGGCCCCGAGGAGAAGCUCACGCGAUAAGCUGUACACGUCGCGAGGAAUCCCAUCGAUUCGCACCUGCGUCGUCACCUGUCGUCGUCCCUUGGCGCGUUUGCACCGAGAUAUAUAUAUAUAUACAUAAAACUGUGGAUCGUACGGACGCGCGGCCACCCCCGCUGAUCCACCCUCGACCGGCGGUGAACCCGACGGAGAAAGAAGAGGUCGCAAUUGUAACAAGGAAACGCAGAGGAACGUCGGUGAGACAUGGCGACGGAGAAAUUAUAUACGAGGAGCGAAGUGGAGAAGAACAACGAUCUCGACAAGGUCCUAAUAAUCCUGCACAACAAAGUGUACGACGUUCACAACUUCCUCAACGAGCAUCCCGGCGGCGAGGAAAUUUUGAAUGAUCACAAGGGCACAGACGGCACCGAGGACUUCAAUGACGUCGGUCACUCAAAGGACGCCAUGGACCGCAUGAAGCAAUUCCAGGUCGGCGUGAUCGUCGAGUCGGAAUGGAUGAACCAGCCGGUGAAGAAGGGCUGGGUGGCGGGAUACAACAAGAUACCGGAAAAAUAUGUGAAAGGACCCGGCAUGCCCUUCUACAUGUUCGCCGGCGGGGUUAUGAUUGUAUUAGCUCUCUUGCUUUACCAGUUUUAGUACGAUCGUUCGUUCGUUAUGUACGCGCGAUCGUGACGGCGUCGUGGAUGCGAAAAAUUGUGAUAAACAAGCGGAGGAUGCUGCAGAACACGUGAGAACAUUCCGUCGUCUUCGGUUGGCAGCGAUUUCUCGUCCGGAGAUAAUAAUUAUCGCUCGUAUGUUUGUAACGCAGCGAAACCCGUGAUUGUUGAUGUAGGUUUGUUUUUUAUAAAGAUGUUUCUCAUCAGGAUUAAGUGUCCGAAAAUUAAUUAUUAUAUGAGAAUGAAUACAAUCAAAAUGUAAUUUUAUGUUUAUGUGAAAAUGUAAAUGUUAAAUGUUUCAACUGAGAAUUUGUCGAGAUCUGGGGAGGGGGAUUCGCGCGCGAAUCGACUCGAGCCGAUUUCAUCGUCGAAUCCCGAGCAUUCUUAUGUAAAUAACCAAGUUUACCCUUUGCGGAAUAGGAGAGCUUGCCCGAUUUUUACCGGAUACAAUCGUCGCGAAUCUUCUUAGUCCGAAACACUUAGCGAAAUUUAUAUGCGAACCGCACAAAUAAGAGAGAAAAGAGAAGAAAAACCCUUACGUAACGACCUCGCGCGGCGGAAACGGGGAGCGUCCGGAUCGACGAAAGUUCGCCUCAACGACAGUUCCGAAGUCGAUGAGAACCGCCCGACUUUCGAACUCGGGGAAAAACGACGAAGAGGAGCGAAAAGCGAGAGCCGGCCGUGUAGACGUUGGGAAAUCAAUUUUGACGAUUGUUGAUUCGAAAAUUUGCCGGGACACUUUGACGAAUUCUACAUGGAAAAAAGAACGCUUAUGUUGCUGAAGGUAGAGAAGAUAGUUCGAGUUGGAAUGUACCGUUUAUGCGCCUGUUAGAUAUUGAUAAAUCAUUACGGAUUACACUCGAUACUAUUUUCGCUUGUCUCCGGGCGACUUUUAUCUGCGAGAGAUAAUGCUAUCGAUCUGUCAAGUUUCAUAGUGCAUCGCUAUUAAUCCGUGUUUAUCUCGUAUGCAACUGCACGCAAAGUAACGUAAGCCUUGCUUGUACAAUCGAUUAAUACCACUUGUCGCUGUACAAUGAUUGGCAACUAUUUAAUGUUAAACAAAAGGACGCCUCCUUCGAAAGGCAAACACGAAA